AAAUGCUCGCUGAAGAAUCUCCGAUCCCGCUGAGGCAUAUUAAUGUUGGGGAUCUCGUAAAAGACAAGGGUCUGUAUGAGGAGUACGACGAGGAAUGGCAAAGUUACACGGUGGAUGAGGACAAGUUGCUGGAUGAACUCGAACCCAUUGCCUCGGAAGGUGGCAUAGUCCUGGACUGGCAUACAUGUGAGAUUUUCCCAGAGCGGUGGGCGGAUCUCGUUGUUGUGCUGCGUUGCGACCACACCAAACUCUGGGACCGCUUGGAGAAGCGAGGAUACCCGUUGAAGAAGAUACAGGAGAACAACGAAGCAGAGAUUAUGGAGGUGGUCCUCGAGGAGGCUCGCUCCUCAUACCCUGCCGAGAUAGUUGUGGAGUUGCAAAGCGAAGACACUGAAGACUUGGAAUCUAACGUCGCACGCAUUGUGCAGUGGAUUAAUGCAUGGAAAGAGCAGCAUGCAGGCGAUGCUGACGACUGAUUCUACUAGGCAUGUCACUGUCCCAAAACAUUGCCUUUGGAUACUUGGAUGUCUCCGACGCACAACUUGAGGGGGUAAGCAAAACACAAGCCCGGGAGAAGCUCCUGCUGCCGUGACUUGCGGCCCGCGUUCGUGGCCAUCGCAAACACUGUUGCAUA